AUGGCUGAGUCUGACCCUGCCUGUAACACCUGCGCGAAGAAAGCAUCGGACGAGGUCACUCUGAAGCGCUGCGCCAAGUGCAAGACCCAAUGGUACUGCUCCCGUGAGUGCCAAAAGACAGACUGGAAAGCCCAUAAAAAGACAUGUUCCAAGGACGCCAGCGAAGCCAACACAGGAGACAACUCUCGUCGUACCCCUAAAGGCCUUUCUGCCUUUAUCGCCAAGCCUUUGCACGAGCUCGACAAGGAAACCUGGCUUCACAAUCGCCCUGAAGAAGACGUCUAUAAGCUUCUCAUAGAUGCUUAUCGUCUUCACCUUGAGGAUCAGUAUGUCUUCGACGGGGACGCCGAUGUGGACAGCAUCUAUGGAGGACAACCUGACAGCCGUGACGGCUUCCAUCGGUUCUUGCGCCUCGCUGAACGCAAGCGCGGUCUACUUCCAUCUUGGUGGUCCCCUGAAAAGGCCAAGGAGUGUCUGGCAACGGGUCUGCGUGGAGGAUGGAGUUCAUUGGCCAACGCAGUCGAAAAGGGCGAUAUCAUUGAACACUAUGGAGACCACCAAAUGCCAAUGCAGAUGAGGAUGCUUUCGGAACAAAUUUGCGGUCGAGGGCCUGGUGGGCAGCCUGGGGCCGAGAUGCGAAAGAUAAUGAUGCAAACUGAAACAGGUGACAUGUACACAUCGUUUCUUGACGCAUCUUCAUUUUUGCGUCGCGCUUGA